AUAAUAAUCGCGGGGAUGCGGCCGCCGCCGCUCGCAGCGCUGCCGCCGGGGCGCGGAGCGUGUGCGGAGCUGCCCGAGCGGAGCCGGAGCCGCUGAGCGCCGGGCGCGGAGCCGCGGUGGCGGCCGCAGCCGCCGCCCCCCGCCCGCCGCGGGAGCGGCCCCGCCGGCCGGGGCGCGGGGGGAGCGCGGCGGGGAUGGGAGGAGGAAAUCCUGUGAAUGUCAUCGCGGGGCGGCGGGGCAGCGCGGCUGGCGACAAGGCUCCGCGAGCAGACGGCCUCUGCGGGGGCGGCGGGGGCAGAGCCCACCACCGGCACGCCACAAAGGAACCGGCCCUGCCAAUGUCAUCGGCCAUCGAGAGGAAAAGCCUCGAUCCUUCCGAGGAGCCGGUGGAUGAGGUGCUGCAGAUCCCCCCAUCGCUGCUGACAUGUGGGGGGUGCCAGCAGAACAUUGGGGACCGCUAUUUCCUGAAGGCCAUCGACCAGUACUGGCACGAAGACUGCCUGAGCUGCGACCUGUGCGGCUGCCGGCUCGGAGAGGUGGGCAGGCGCCUCUACUACAAACUGGGCAGGAAGCUCUGCAGGAGGGACUAUCUCAGGCUCUUUGGCCAGGACGGGCUGUGUGCCUCCUGCGAGAAGCGGAUCCGUGCCUACGAGAUGACCAUGCGUGUGAAGGACAAGGUCUAUCACCUUGAGUGCUUCAAGUGUGCUGCCUGCCAGAAGCACUUCUGCGUGGGGGACAGGUACCUCCUCAUCAACUCGGACAUCGUGUGCGAGCAGGACAUCUACGAGUGGACUAAGAUCAACGGCAUGAUCUAGCGCGGCCGUGCCUGGCGCUCUGUGACAGACGCCUCCCGGGCCCAGCGGCACCCAGGACAUCAUCCCUUGGGCUGUGGGGCUUUGAAACAGGGGGGAAACACCACGCAGUGGGCCCUUGGCAGGCAGUGCUAUGUUGUAGAAUGUAAACUACACCCAGGUGAAGGGGGGAGAGCAAAGCAAUAGUAGCUAGACUGACUUGUGUUCACAGUACGGACAGGAACUGACAUCAGCCGGCAGCUGGGGACAGACAGACACAGCACCAUAACCCAUCCUCCCAGCUGGAGCACAGUAGGGACUUCUGUAAAGAGAUGUUAUGACGUUGUCACCUGCAGACUAGGAUUGUGCAAUUCAGUUUUCUUUCUGUCUUGUUUUCAUUA